AUGUCUACGACAACUUACGCCUUACUUGAAAGUCAUUGUCCAGACUUAAAAUUGUUAUCGCGUGGUAAAGUACGCGAUUUGUAUCUCAUUGAUGAGGAAACGCUGUUGUUUGUCGCGACGGAUAGGAUAAGCGCGUUUGAUGUUAUCAUGAAAAAUGGGAUCCCAAGUAAAGGAAAAUUAUUAACACAACUGAGUGUAUUCUGGUUUGAAAAACUUUACGAAAUACUGCCAAAUCACUUGAUCACUGCGGAUUUCGAGAAAAUGCCCGCUGAAGUGCAAAAAUAUCGAUCGCAAUUGGAGCAUCGAUGUUUAUUAGUUCGAAAAUUCAAAGUUCUUCCUAUUGAGUCUAUUAUACGUGGCUAUAUUACCGGAUCCGCGUGGUCGGAGUAUAAGAAAAAAGGUAGCAUUUGUGAUAUACCGUUACCGGAUGGACUGUUAGAAAGUCAAAAAUUACCCGAGACGUUGUUCACACCUAGCACUAAAGCAGAGAUUGGUCAACAUGAUGAAAAUAUUCACCCGAGUAAAAUUGUAGGAUUAGUGGGUGAAAUAUAUGCAAAAGAAAUCGAAGAAGCAUCCUUGAAACUAUAUAAUAAGGCAAAAGAAUAUGCAUUGACUAAAGGAAUAAUCAUCGCAGACACAAAAUUCGAGUUUGGUACCGAUUCAAAUGGAAAGUUGUAUUUGGUUGAUGAAGUCUUGACGCCAGACUCUUCAAGAUUUUGGUUAUUAGAAGAUUUCAAGGUCGGACAAAACCAGCAAAGCUUCGACAAACAAUACGUGCGUAAUUAUCUACUUAGCAUUGACUAUGACAGGCAGACAAGUAUUGAACUACCAAGUGAUGUUGUUUUAAAAACGAUGGAAAAAAACGAGUCAAGAUUUUCUUACAAUGAACCUACUCACUACAGCGAAAAAGAGUCAAAGCCUUCUCGUUAUUGGUCAAAAGACGAAUAUCAAAUUGCUAAACCUGCCGCUUAUUACAACGAGAAAGAGUCAAAGCCUUCUCGUUAUUGGUCAAAAGACGAAUAUCAAACUACUACUAAACCUGCUGCUUAUUGCAACGAACAAGAGUCAAAGUCUUCUCAUUACUGGCCAAGAGACGAGUAUCACAUAACUACUACCAAACCUGCAAUUCCUGCUACUGCUUAUUACAACGAAAAAGAGUCAAAGUUCUCCCGUUACUGGUCAAAAGAAGAGUACCACUUAACUACUGUUAAACCUAACACCAAUGACAAGAAUAACAGAAUAAAACGUGGUCCUCCGCAAAAAUAUUCUAAUUUUGAAAAUAGACAUAAAAGAAAUCCCGAUAUUUAUCCAAGUGCAGAAGAAAUACAGGAAAGAAUGCGAAAUCCCGAACUUUACCCUUCUGAAGAAGAAAUUCUGGAAAGAAUGGAAAGAAAACGAAAGUCGCAAUUGCAUCGAACGAAUUCAAGAGCCUACGAACCUCCUGGCUCGGAGAACUAUUCAACAAGCAUCGAUGAAACGACGCGAUCUAGAAGUUUCACGAGAAACAAAAAUUCAUUCGACCACGUUUCAGAACAAGAAAAUUGGAAAUAUGAUGAUCAAUUACGUCGUGUUGCAAGGAAAGACGUUGCAAGAAAAGAUGACUUUGAAGUUUCAAACUCCAAUCCACAUUUAGAAAAGGUUGAAUGGACUGAAAUGUUUCCGGCGAUUCAGCGAUAUGAGAAUUCGCAACUUGAUUCUGAUAAUUAUUCGUCAACUUCAACAUCUUCAACGGGACGACGUAAUUAUGAACAACGGGUUCCAUCAUAUUCGCAACCACGUUUGACAAAAGUUGAAUGGGAAGAUUCUAAAAGCUCCCUUACUAGAGUUAAUCGACGUCAUGAUUUUGGCUUGCUAAGAGACUCGAAUCGAUACAUGGACGAAGAAGAUAUAAAGAAUGAAUUGGACUAUUUAUAUACUCAAUUAAAAAAAGAGGAGCGAACUGAAAUGCAAGAAGAUUAUUUAAGGAAUUUGAAACCACUACUUGAAGAGGAACGAGCUGAUAUGCCAGAAGAUUAUUUAAAACAUUUGAAACCGCGCGUUAAUGACAUUGAUCGUGAUAUCUUUCCUUUAUCCGCUAACUUGAAAAUAUCUAUUUAUACAAGACAAGCAAACACCGAAAAUGAUCCUGCAUUAAUGUAUGAAGUAUUUUUACAAAUCAAAUCAAAAGAGAAUGAAAAAACGUCAUCAAAAAUAUUAAAUGAGGAUAAGGAACAAGAGGGUACGAAUGAACCGUUCAAUGAACACGAAGAACAGCAAGAAAAAGCAAUUGAAGUGUCAAAUAAUAAUAACAAUCAAGAGCCACCGAAAAUCGAUCUAAAAGAAGAGGAACCCAUGAAAAAAAUCUCACUAUUUUAUAAUGCAAAUGAGAAAGAAAUUGAAUUCGAAUAUAUGGAAGAGGAGCAGGAGAAAUCAUUUGUCCGACAAAACUAUCAUUACCAAGGGCCCCCAUUACCUGAACUAGCCAUCGAAGACGAUAAAAUGAAUAUUACAUUUAAUGUGAUGAUUGGAUGUUUGGCACGUAAUAGAUGGCUUGACGAAGCAAUCGAAGUGUUCAAUUUUUCCCUUGAAUAUUAUAAUCUGCAAAUUGAACAAAAAACAGUUUAUGUGCUCAUAGAUCAUCUUCUUAAUCAUCAGUUUGCAAUCAUGCGACAGGAAGCACUACAUAAUCAGAAAGGUGAGGAUCCACAAUAUGCAAUGCGAGAAAAGGAAAAACCCAGUAAAAAUGUAUUUAAGCGUAUUCUUACGGUGUGGAAUAAAAUACGUAAAAGCGGGGUCGAGCCUGAUGCAUCGAGUUAUGGACGCAUGCUGUUUGGCAUUGCUUGGAAGGAUCCUUUUCAUGCCAAAUAUAUUCUAUUGAAUAUGAUAGCGGCUGGCCACAAACCGAUACAAAGAGAUCUCGAUAGAGUUAUUAAUAAUCUUAUAGGCUCGGGAUCUCUCCAAGAUUAUAAAGACGUCUUAGAAGCAGUAAAGAGUGUCAAUAUGAUUCCUUCUGCGAAUGUUUUAGGGAAUCUAGUUCACGAAUCGAAUAGAUUUAAAAAACUUGAAUUUCUCAACUUGUUUUAUAAGGAAAUGGUGAAAUCGGAAUCUUAUCCAAUUGAUCCUGCUUCUCAAAGUUAUCUUGAUCUUAUCAACGAAUCAAUCGCCAAGGAUCAAAUUCAUCAGGCGCUAAAUUUAUAUAAUAUAAUGAGGAGUGAAGGUUUAUGUCCCCACCCCGUUGUUACUCUUACUGUGUUCGAAGGUUUAUACACCAAGAAAAGCAUGCUUGUAGCUGCGAGAGAACUUGCUGAAACGUUCCCACUAAGCAAUAUGCCUAAAUUGCCAGAAAUAUUACAUUACAUCGUAGCAGGAUUUGUCUGGCAUAGUAAAAGAUAUGUAGCCUAUCGAAUAACUAAAUUAUUUCUACAACAAAAGAUAAUGCCCUUAAGAUACACAAUAGACGUGAUAGGAAAUGCAUAUCUAGACCGAAAUAUGCCAUAUCGCGCUGAACCCUACUUUGCAUCAUUACUCCGUGCUAAAAAUCAAGAGCCACAUGCAGAACAAGUUGGUAGACUCAUGACUAGUUUAUUUCAUCGCAAAGAUUAUAUACGCGUAACUCGUUGGCUCCCAAGAUUGGAAGCAAUUCCGGGCGUAAGAGAAAAUACUGUUUCAAUGUUGGCCCUUUUGCUAGGAUAUACGUUAGUUGGAACAAGUGAGGAAAUUGUGAAAGCGUGGAACGACUUAUCAUAUUUGCCGUGUCAAAAUAAGAAAUUAAGAGUAGCUGUCGUCGCUAUUUGUAAUGGGCUUUCUCGACUCGAUGAUUUAAAUGUGCUUAAAAAGCAGUGGGCUAUCUUUAUGAAAUCCCAAACACUUCGAUUAGACGAACAACAGUAUAGGCAUUAUAUUUCCAUUUUGUGUAGUGAAUUUAACGAUCCGGAUGAAGCGAUGCGAGUAUUGGUGGAACAUAUGUCAGAAAAGAAUGUCCCCCCAGAAGAAGAAACUAUUCAAGUUAUUGCGAUAAACUUGAAACGCGAUGGACGAUCUCAUAGAGAGAUUUUGGAAAUAAUGGAACCUGUGAGAGAGAUGUGGCCUUUCGAGUAUAAUAAGUGGCUAGAUUGGCAAAUAACUCAUCUAGACAAACUAUAA